CCGACCAUUCCGCGAUCCGGACAAGCCCCGCUCUCCCGAGUGCAGAGCACAACGGGCCCGACCCCCUGCCCCGCAGACGCCCCCCAGAUCUAGAACAGUCUACAUGCUGCCAAACGAGAAACGUCGCUCUUCCCGGGAGGCGACGCCGUGCUCUCGGACCGAGCUUGGCUCUUAGGAAAAAGUGAAGCGCCGGGCGCGGGGGGCCCCGGGGUGCCCGGGCUCUAUCCCGGCCCUCCCGCGCGGGCACGGCCCGGGGCGCUCCCCCGCACCCCGCCUUUGUGUGGGAGGCCUCGGGGCGGCGCCCGCGCCCCCCGCCGCGCCCCCUCCCCGCGCCCCGCCCGCCGCUGCAGCGGGGCCGGCGCUUCGCCAUUGGAUUAAAAAUAGCCGCGUCCCCCCCGCGGCCGGCGGGCCCGCGGCCGGCGCAUUGUGGGCAGCGCGGCCAUGCAGCGCCGGGGCGCCCUGCUCAGCCUGCCGGGCGGCGGGGCCGCGAGCAUGGCCGCGGGCGACCUGGGCGAGCUGCUGCUGCCCCACCUGCCCCGGAUCCGCGUGCCCAGGUCCGGGGACCGCGUCUACAAGAGCGAGUGCGCCUUCUCCUACGACUCUCCGAAUUCUGAAGGUGGACUCUAUGUAUGCAUGAAUACGUUUUUGGCCUUUGGAAGGGAACACGUGGAAAGACAUUUUCGAAAAACUGGACAGAGUGUGUACAUGCACCUGAAGAGACACGUGCGGGAGAAGGUAAGAGGGGCCUCUGGUGGAGCUUUACCAAAAAGGAAGAAUUCCAAGAUUUUUUUAGAUCUAGAUACUGAUGACGAUUUAAAUAGCGACGAUUAUGAAUAUGAAGAUGAAGCCAAACUUGUUAUAUUCCCCGACCACUAUGAAAUAGUACUACCAAAUAUUGAGGAGUUACCAGCCCUGGUAACAAUUGCUUGUGAUGCAGUUCUCAACUCAAAAUCUCCAUACAGAAAGCAGGACCCUGACACGUGGGAAACUGAGUUGCCGGUUUCCAAAUAUGCCAAUAGCCUCAUCCAGCUGGACAAUGGAGUCAGGAUUCCUCCAAGUGGUUGGAAGUGUGCCCGGUGUGACCUGCGGGAAAACCUCUGGCUGAAUCUGACGGAUGGCUCGGUGCUCUGUGGCAAGUGGUUCUUUGACAGCUCUGCGGGCAACGGGCAUGCACUGGAGCAUUACAGAGACAUGGGCUACCCUCUCGCCGUGAAGCUGGGAACCAUCACCCCCGACGGGGCAGAUGUUUACUCUUUUCAAGAAGAGGAGCCUGUUUCGGAUCCUCACUUGGCCACGCACUUAGCACAUUUUGGAAUCGAUAUGCUUCACAUGCACGGGACAGAGAACGGACUCCAGGACAAUGACAUCAAGCCGAGGGUCAGCGAAUGGGAGGUGAUUCAGGAGACGGGGACAAAGCUGAAGCCCAUGUAUGGCCCCGGGUACACAGGUCUCAAGAACCUGGGCAACAGCUGCUACCUCAGCUCCGUCAUGCAGGCCAUCUUCAGCAUCCCCGAGUUCCAGCGAGCGUAUGUAGGAAAUCUUCCAAGAAUAUUUGAUUAUUCUCCUUUAGAUCCUACGCAAGAUUUCAACACACAGAUGACUAAAUUGGGACAUGGCCUUCUCUCGGGCCAGUACUCAAAACCUCCUGUGAAAUCUGAACUCAUCGAACAGGUGAUGAAGGAGGAACAUAAGCCUCAGCAGAAUGGGAUCUCCCCACGCAUGUUCAAGGCCUUCGUGAGCAAGAGCCACCCGGAAUUCUCCUCCAACAGACAGCAGGAUGCCCAGGAGUUUUUCCUGCACCUGGUGAAUCUGGUGGAGAGGAACCGGAUUGGCUCUGAAAACCCAAGUGAUGUUUUCCGGUUUCUGGUGGAAGAACGUAUCCAGUGCUGCCAGACCCGAAAAGUUCGCUACACGGAGAGAGUGGAUUACCUGAUGCAGUUACCUGUGGCCAUGGAGGCAGCGACCAACAAGGACGAGCUGAUUGCCUAUGAGCUGACGAGAAGGGACGCAGAAGCGAACAGGCGGCCCCUGCCCGAGCUGGUUCGUGCCAAGAUCCCCUUCAGUGCCUGCCUUCAAGCCUUCUCAGAGCCAGAAAACGUGGAUGAUUUCUGGAGCAGCGCCCUCCAAGCCAAGUCGGCGGGUGUGAAAACGUCUCGCUUUGCCUCAUUCCCGGAAUACUUGGUAGUGCAGAUAAAGAAGUUCACUUUUGGCCUUGACUGGGUCCCCAAAAAAUUUGAUGUCUCUGUGGACAUGCCAGACCUACUUGAUAUCAGCCACCUGCGAGCCAGGGGCUUACAGCCUGGGGAAGAAGAACUCCCAGACAUCAGCCCCCCGAUCCUCAUUCCCGACGACUCCAAAGAUCGCUUGAUGAGCCAAUUGAUAGACCCAUCCGACAUUGAUGAGUCAUCGGUGAUGCAGCUGGCGGAGAUGGGCUUCCCUCUGGAAGCGUGUCGGAAGGCUGUGUACUUUACCGGAAACAUGGGAGCCGAGGUGGCCUUCAACUGGAUCAUAAUUCACAUGGAAGAGCCAGACUUUGCGGAACCGCUCACCAUGCCUGGUUACGGAGCAGCGUCUGCCUCUAUUUUUGGUGCUACUGGAUUGGAUAACCAACCUCCAGAGGAAGUGAUCAGCAUAAUUACCUCCAUGGGAUUCCAGCGGAGUCAGGCUGUCCAGGCUCUACGCGCGUCGAGUAAUAACCUGGAAAGAGCUCUGGACUGGAUCUUCAGCCAUCCUGAAUUGGAGGAGGACAGCGACUUUGUGAUGGAGAUGGAGAAUAACGCCAAUGCGAACAUCAUCUCUGAGGCCAAGCCUGAAGGACCCAGAGUCAAGGAUGGAUCUGGAAUGUAUGAGUUAUUUGCGUUCAUCAGUCACAUGGGAACAUCAACGAUGAGUGGCCAUUAUGUUUGCCAUAUCAAAAAGGAGGGAAGAUGGGUCAUCUACAAUGACCACAAAGUCUGUGCCUCAGAAAGGCCUCCCAAAGACCUGGGCUACAUAUACUUUUACCGUAGGAUACCAAGCUAACCCUCAGACCUACAAACAUACAGAUCGGCAAGAAGAAGCCAUACGCCUUUUUGAUUUGCCAAAAAAAAAAAAAAAAGAAAGAAAAAAAAAGAAGAUGCUGUUGGUAUCGGUAUCACCAGACAUGGAGGGAUUUGUGGGGGUAUUUAUAGUUUAUUUAAAGAACAUCAUCUGAAGCCUUCUGAAAUAGAACUGGGACGAAACUUCUAUUAGUGAUGAUACACUACUGUAGAUAUUUUUUUUCUUUUUAUAAAUGUUCAAGGAGAGGAUGGUUUGGAAGGAAGUAUUAUUGCUGGUAGGGGAUCUGCCACUGGCACACCAACAUUGGGGUUCACCACCAACCUGCUAGUGUGCUUUAGAGGUCAGUGGUAGUGGCCCCCAGAAAAAGCAAGUGAUGAGGCCAAUGAUGACCUCACCUACAAUCAAUGGAAAAGCCCACUUUUGUCUCCUAUCAAAAAUCAGUACUGGGCCGAGCUUUAUUUGUGACCUAAGUUUUUCAUGGCACACCAGCGUUUCUGACCUAGCCAUGCUGGGUGCUUCAAGUACUUAAUUGAGAGCUAUUUUCAUUUAAUCCCAUCAUGGCUCAUUACACUGCACCUUUGUAUGACUGUGUGUGAGAAUGAGGCCGGGCGUGGGCGACCUUUUCAGCCAACUUGAAACUUGGUGUUUCAGGUUGGUAUGGAAAGGGUAAAACACAAGAGGGUAUCAAGCAGGGCCGAAAAAAGCAAGUUUAAAUAUUUUAAACUCUAACUCAGGAACAAUUUAAACAAUUAGUUCCACACUCAGAUUGCCAGACCUUAAGGGCUGUGUUAUCCUUUUAAGGGCUGGCAAGAAUUCUCUGGGGGUUGUGGCAGGGGGUGGAAGAGUGCCAGCUGCCCUUAGCAACACCCUGUGCUACUUCCCAAAGGUAGGUGAGUUCUGUGUCUUGGCAGCCCUUCCCCUUAAGGUGCGGUGUGUGUCUUCAGCAAGCAGAUAUUCUUAUCGCAAUACACAGCAACUCCCUUGAAUCGUGUUCACUCCCUGAAUCAUAUGAACUGAACAGGCCCCUAAUCUUGUUACCUAAGCUCUUUGCUGCUUCAGGGUGAGGGUCCCCAGUGGCCCCUUCUGGGCUUAUCACCUCCUGGCUUGCCUUCACUGCUUGGCCGUGGUGUCAUGUCGGGCGUCAUGAAGGGUUUCUGAUGCAAAUAAACUUUAUAUGGCAAGAGGAAAAACCCUUAUUUCCAUUUUGGUCCUUUGGUAUGUACUUGGCAAGCUGGGGUUAGCUUCGAGUUCCCAACGUGAUGAAAACUCAGAGCAAUUGAUUGAGUUUUUCUCCUGCUCUCUGCAGAACCCCCGGGCUCUCUGAAAUUUGUCUUUCAGAUAAUUUGGUUGAAUCAAAAGCAAUCAGAUGGUAUUGCUGGCUGCUUGAUGUCUAGUGGAGUGGUAGAAGGGUGUUUUGAGACACUGUAGAAAUGGAACCACAGGAAGUCACAAAUGAUGACAUGGUAACUGGUGAACAGACAGGGUUCUGGUUUCCACAGAUCUCUUAGGUUUUCUGACCAAGGUCUGAAGCCCAGAGCCUUGUGGCCCAGGGACCCAGGUGCUGCCUGCAGCUGGCUGUGGACCUUGGGCAAGUCCCACCUCCUUCCUGUGCCUCAUUUCCUCAACUGCACAAUGGUACGACCGCCCUGACCCUCUCUUUCCAACUCUGCUUUGAGGACAUCUCUGCAAGGGGUGGCCUGUUGGUGGGCCUCCGUGGGUCCAAGGGGGUUCUGCCCUCUCCCCUCUCUCUUCUGCAUUUUCUUCAGUUGGGGAGAAAGUGAGAUUGGCAGGAGAGAGUUCACGGCGCAGUCACUCUCUGCUUCACUGUUCCCACCCAUGCUCAAGACUGUCACUGUCCCCCUCUGCCCCUCACAACCCUGCCUGCUCUCGAAGUCCCCAUGCUGAGCCGCCUUACCAAACCCAGUCUCCCGAGGCUGAGUGAACAGCAGAGAAGAAAGACUCAGAGAAAAAAGCUUAUUUUUGCACUCAGAGCAAAAGUUUGCUUUCAAUGUAUCUCAAAGCAAAGGCCUUUUAGGGCUGCGGGUGUGAUGUGGGGGUGGGGCAUGGGGUUGAAAUGUGGACAAAGAGAGCAAGUGUAUUUUAAACAGAAGAAACCAUUUUCUAAUACAACUUCGCAAAACACAUAGUGUAUAAUCAGAAUAUAAGAUUAUAGGCAGGCUCUACAUGAUUUCAUUUCUUUCAGCCAGAGAAAGAAAUCUAGCCCCUUUGAUGAACCCAAAAGAUGUAAAAAAAUGUAUAAUGUGGCUGCCUGUAAUUUCUGCCUCACAUAACCAAGGGCUAUUUCUACAAGGCAACGUUUUAUACAUGUGCCAUUCAUUAUUUCAGAGUAAGAGUUGGAGAAAACUGGAGCAAAUAACAGAUUUCUUGCUUGAUGAACAGAGUAUUUCUAUGUAUACCUUAAUAUAUAUAGCAGGUUUCCCUGGAAUAUCCGCCUGGAAUGUUCUGCUGAAUUUCACGUGUGUAGGUGAGAUUUAUUUGUGACUGACACUGGAAUUGUGUGGAUUUUGUCAGUCGAUUAUCGGCCUGUUCGAAGUCCUCUGUGGGAUCAUGGUGGCGUAACUGUGCAGUUCUCACUGUGUUAGGGGUACGUGUGAAAUCGAGCACUUUCUUCCUGUAAAUACCUUUUGAUACCCAUCUGUGUAAAGUCCUAAUGAAUAUGUCUUUGGAAAAUAUACUGUAUCAAGGUUUUUAUUUUGUCACUGGAUCUAAAUGUUUGUAUGAUGAAUCCGAAAUCCAGUUUGGCUCUGAUUGGAAUCUUUUUUUCCCUAAGGGGGUUGGGGAAGGAGGGCUGCUGAAUGGGCCCUGGGAAGAAUCUUGUUUGACUAUCACUUGACAUCAGUGUUGCUGCAAUAUUGGGAAAUUGACUUGGCUGUUUUGUCCUACCUAUAAGAGAAUGUGCCUGCUAUUUCCUGCUGUCACUACGGGCUGCAGGAAGGCUAGAAGGGGUGAGUCCAGCCCCACUGAAUCCCUUAUUCUCUCCUGGACAGCCAGACAGUUUUGGGGAGAGUGUCUGGUUCUGUAUUUUUAAGUUGGUGUAUAAGAUCACUUAAAUUACGUUCCAGAAUUUCCUCACCCAGUAAAUCAUCCUGGAAGAGGUUUUAUGUUUUUCCUUCUCUCUUUCUUUUUGGACAUACCCAGCAGUGCUUAGGUAUGUCCUAAGCACCCAGGGUAUGGCUUAUGGCAUAUGGCAGAUGGCACCCAGGGAUCAAAUCCUGGCCUCCCAUGUGCCAAGCCUGUGCACCUACCCUUCCAACUAUCUCCACAACCCAAGUCUCUCUAAGAGUCUUUAAGGAUUGGAGAGCUAGUCCAGCAUGUAGGGUGCUCACAGUGCACACAGCUAACCCGGGUUUAAUCCCCAGCACCCUGUACAGGCCCCCUGAACCCCACCAUUAGUGAUCCCUGAGCACAGGGCCAGAACUGGCUCCAAAACAAAAAACUUUCUCUAGAGUAGCACCGCUUAAUAGGGUAGUAUCAUUCCUGACUUCUAAAAAUUCGGUUUGAUUGAGUGUCAACUGAGAUUGAGUACCAAGUAUGGAAGACUUGGUAUCCACAAAAGGAAAAAAUGUAGUCAGCAAGAUUUUAUAGGAACUACAUACAUGCCGAACAAGAUUUUAGGUAACAUCGAUUCAAUAAGAGAUAACAUGUUAUGUUUUCAUUAGUCCUUUUUAUCUUUUCUUUUUUUAAUGAGCCUAACCAAAAAAUCAAAGUUGGAUAUGCAACUUCCAUUGUGCUCCUAUUGGGCAUUGUUGCUGUAGUCAGUUGGUAAAGUGGGGUGAGCACAAAACACCAUUCGUAAAGAGAGUACCUUUCUGACACUUCCAAGUAGACAAAAGCAAUGCAGAUAUUUCACAGGAGUUGAGAGCCUUUAAGGCCCAGUAUACCUUCCAGAAAGAAAAGAGGGGAAGGGUUUUUCCCUUACAUUAAUAAGUACAAGACCCCAAGGAAACACCAAAGCAAACAUACCCCUAACCUGUCCUUCAACUUUGCCCAGAAACCACUUGCUUUGCACAUAUUUCUCAAGCAUUUUCCAGGGUGCUGAGGGCCGUAGCCACCUGAGGAUGAUGGGCACGAUUGUUUGGUUUUUAGGCAACAUUCUCUUGUGCUUCCCUACGCUUCUGUGUUGAGUCUGGCCAGGCAGGGCGUGCGACAGUCCCCUAUGAAUCUCAAUUCUGUAUCCGAGGCUGAAUCUCUCAGCCUUGAGUGAGGCUGUACCUGCACCCCCGACCCCCACUCUACCCCAGCAGGUUUUCAUGUUGACUCCUGAAAGAGUUUGUGUUUGUUUUUUUUUUUUUUGCACUAGUCAAGAGUUGUUUAAAAUAUCUCAAAUGUGUUGGGAGAGUAUUUAUCUGUGAUGGAGAGAGAGAUGAAUGAUUUAUUGCUUCAAUUGUUUUUAAAUUAAAUGCUAUUCUCACAAUC